AUGGCAGCCUACAACAAUGUGAUCAUCCUGAUGCUGGCCUCACUCCUGUUAAGAUCAGUGGUCUCCGAUUCUCCGGCCCCAUCGCCUUUCUCUCCGGUGCCUCAGCCGCCUUCGAGUAUCGAUAGUCCAGCCCCCUCUCCAGGUGACAAGGCUCCUGCUGAGGCUCCAGUGCCAGCAGUUAAAUCUCCGCCUCCUGCACCAGGACCAGGCCCUGUUCAGCAUCUGGCUCCAACCCCUGCUGAAUCUCCGAAAGCAAGUGCACCAGGGGCGCAGUCUCCUGAGCCUUCACCGUCGAUAUGGACCCCGCCUGCUGAAGCCCCGGCCCCGGAAAGCAAUGAUGGAGUGAAGAGAGUGGCUGGUGGAUUGGUCUGUUUUGGGGCUUUUGUUGUUGGUUUUAUGGCUUAG